GAGGUGCAUCCAAGAGGAGACUGGUGCUUGUCCAUCUAUUGCGUCGACAGACCGCCAAGAGAGUGAUGCUCUCGUAACCACCGAGGUGAACGUGCAGCCGUCCUCGGCCGUAAAGAACAAGGGGAUUGCAUCCUCUACAGGGCUCAAGGAGCUCCGCCUGGUUGACCUGCGUGCAUCAUGGGACACACAAAGCCUCCAGAGACUUGCCGCUUGUGCAUCGCGCCAGGGGCGUCAAGUCACACUCCAUCCCUCUCUCGCCGAGUCUUUGACUACGUUGAUGAGACCCCUCAGUUUAGAGCUUAACCAAAUGGAGCCUCUGUCAUCGUCAGCUAAACGACCUGUGUUGGUUACCUUUGAUGGCAGAUACCCAACCAUUCGACGUCGCGUCAAGGUUCAUCUGAUGGAUUACUGCGCAACAGAACCAGAUCACAUGUCAGCGCUUUUAUCUUCCGUCAGCCAGGUGUCACAUGAUGAGCAUGAGUGGAUGACGGCAUGAGAUAUCUGAGCACCUUAAAGCUAACACAAUCAGUGUUACAACUCUGCAACUAGGCCUUGAGGGUCUUGACAUGGGUUUCACGGAUACAACAUCCCGCCCUUUCUUAGUGUCUGUAUUUGGUUGCGUGAAUGAGGAAGGUCAGGAUGAGGAGACGAAACAAGACCAGACUGGCAUCAUGACGAUUGAAGAAAUGUUCUUGCCAGUGAGACAGAUGGUUGUUGAAUUUCCUUCUGGUUUCACGAAGCCUUACCAUUCUGGCAUUCGUGUGGCAUUCAGUGGCGAACAACUGGCACCGACGUCGGUGAAUGGUGAACAAACACACAUAAUCCAGGGGGCCGCUGACGGAGCGAAGCUGGAAAUUAACGAUGAAUCCAAGAUAAUAGCUGACAAGACAGAGGUUGCGGAUGUGAGUAUUCAAAGUGCUCCAACAAUAACAGAGAUACAGAAGGAAAAAGAAAUUAUAUCUAACCAGUAUCUUAAAAGGAACGAAGAGUCCUCAAGUGUAGAAGAACCACAGCUGGAGACUGGAGGUGAAGACGAUCGAGUAUCAAAGAAUGACAACCAUGCUAACCUAAUAACUGAUGCAGGUGUUUUGCAUGCACCAAAUGAAGGCAAUGAUGGCGAACUUACCUCUGGCCACACACCUUCGACCUCUGCUAAUGAUGGGGACACUAGCAAUAAAAACCAGCAGCUCCUUCAUAAAUGCGUUCAAGCACAGAAAAAGAAGGCGAAGCACAAAAACCAAAGACCAAAAGCAUCUCAGCGCAGAUCACGCAAAGACAUAAAAGAGUGUCCAACUAAAAAAGAUGAACCAGAAUUAUCGGUAAAAAGAACGAAAUCCAUCUUUCGUCAAAACAGAAGCGAGAGUCGAUCAAGAAGUCGUACCUCCUAAGCACUUCCCCGUGACAGAGUCAUCAGACACGAGUUCUAAUGAAAUCGGCCAUCAGGCUGAAGAGAUGACUCCUCAUAAGACGCCGUCAGACUCUGAACUUACCGCAAGUAUUGCUGAUGCACAAGAAGGAAAGAUCAAGGGGAGUAAUAAGCUCAACGUGCGAACAAAGCAGAACAAGUCGAAAAGACGACAAACAAAAUGGAUGCAGAAGCUGAACAAUUGUCUUAGCAAGGCGUUAAGAUGAAUCGAGAGAGCAAAAAACAGAAAAGAAUGGAAAGCUUGUCCGUCAAGAAGCCAGUUACUCCAAAAAGAAUAGAAGAUGCAUCGAAGAAGGAAGCUCGUGUAGAGUCGCCAAGUAAGUCAUCUUUUCGAAUUGUUAGUUAAGUUGUUUAACAAGGAGAUAGUUCAAUCAUAUUGUUCAUCUGUAAGAUCAACCAAAAAAGGAAAACGUCGAAACAAUCAUGGAGAUGAUCACCCCAGAAAGGGCCACGCCUGUGGAGUAAUGGGUAGACCUUCCAUGCCUUCCACCACCAAGAGGAGUUCAUAUGCCACAGCGACCCAAAAGGGAAACAGCACAGGGAGAGAAAACCACAGAGAAUCAUAUCAGACGAAUGGUAUGGUACAAGAUGAAGCAAGAUCAAAUAAUAGUUACAAGUCACGUGAUAGCAAAAGCAGCUCGCGUCUUCUCGUCAAGGCAAACAUGCACCAAGGGGACGCAAGACUUAUCAUUCCAGGUGUACAGUGUUGUUCCAUUGCUCUCUGCGCCAUCCUCAGAGCGUCCGGCAAAAGUCCUUUGCUCUGGACGCCUGAGGACAUGGACAACAUCAUUCUCACCGGGGAUAAAAGACACAGGGAGACUCAAGAGAAGAUGGCAUUGAAAGUAGUAUUGAUUCCCUAAACGAGUAUGACAUGUUCAUCGUUCGGUAUCUACUUUAUACAAUAGCCUUAUUUAAGACAUCUCAAACCUGGUUGUUGUUUGAUUCGCAUAAUCGAGACCAGAAUGGAUUUAGACAUCCUAACGGGAAGGCCGUUCUUCUCGAGUUCAAGACCCUACGAAGUGUUGGCUGUUACAUCAGGCGAUUCGUGAGCUGCAACGGCUUAAGCGAAGAGACGUGUCCACGCCCUCUAGAUGAUUCGCAAUUGAGCUAUGAGCUGGCCGGCAUUAAGGUAGCAGUACUGAGCUGAGCUAGGGUACUUUGCACGUGACAUUGAUAAUGCAUUGCUGGCGAUUCUUUGCUUACUCGGACUAAGAAUUUAAAAAUAUUGUAUAUUUUGUGUAUAGCGAAUAAAGUACGUUUAAUAUCA